AUGGCAAGUGACUACAACAACGCGGUGGAUCCCAAGGUACCGGUGCUGAAGGGUGAGACGCUGAAGGAUUUCACCCGGUACAAGCGCGCGGUGCAGGCCGCGGAGCUGAGCUGCGAGAGCGCAGAGCAGAAGAGAGCGCUCGGACCGAAGCUGUACCGCAACCUGCUGGGCGCGGAUAACUCGAUCAGCGUGCUGAUCGAGCAGUCGGAUCCUGUAGACUACGCGACCGAGGACGGCGCUCGAGUGCUACUGAAGUUCCUAGAAGACCAGCGCUUCGCCAAGAGCAGCUUCAGAGAGCUGCCGAAGGCAUUCGACCAGUUCUUCGACCAGACGCACUUCGAGCGCAAGGGUGAAGAGCCGAUGGCAGCGUUCUGCACGGCGAUGGAGGUAGCCAAGCGGAACCUCGAGGAGGUCGACCCGGACACGAAGAUCAGUGCCAACGAGCUGGGCUACCACACGCUGAAGCGAAGCGGCUUGGACAGGGACGAGCGCAACUUAGUGAUCGCCCGGGCGGAGGAGACGUUCGAUUUCCAGAAGAUCAGCAUGACCCUGAAGAAUCUCUUCCCCCGAGGCGGAGGCAAGCACCGAGAACGACAGGCUCGCGCCGGAUGGCGCUGGGCGAACUACGCGGACGGCGAUCCCACCGCGGACGAAGACGACACGGUCGACGAGUACUGGGUCCAGGACGACGACGGGUACUGGUACGAGUGGGACGAGGAGCGCGGCAUCUACGCGGCCCUCGAGGACGACGACGACGAGUGGGACAACAGCGACCUGUUCUACAUCGAGGACGGCGCGGACGCGUACCUCGCGAAUGAGGACGACGACUACCACCAGGCCCUCGUCACGCUGCGCGAGAGCCGCUUCAAGAUGAACAAGAUCAGGGCGGCGCGCGGAUUCUUCAAAGGCAAGAUCGACGGAGUCGUGGACGAGAGUGCUGCGGCCGGCGGCAAGGCGGCCGGGAAGGGAAGCAAAGGCGGCGGCAAAGGCAAGGACAAAGGGAAGUCAAAGGAUAAGAAGUGCGGCAACUGUGGCAGGAUGGAUCACGCUACGCAGGACUGCACGACGCCAAGAGCUUCCGGCCGACCGGCGAGCAAGGGCUUCAAGGGCCGCGGCAAGACGAGCAAGGCAGGACGUCCACGACGGCUGGGUUUCUGGGCCAUGACGACGCUGGUGUGCGUCAUGCCGGACCUGUUCAGCAACGGGGGUGUCGAGAGCCAGGAGGUCGCGAUGGUGAAGGUCGAGGAGUCCACUGAGCACGACAUCAUGAUGACCGACACCGAGAGCGACUACCACCUGCCCGACGUUCCCGAGGUCGACGUGAUGAUCUCGAGCGAGAUCGUCUCGGCCUCCUUGCUGGACAGCGGGGCCACUGUGGCGGUGGCCGGGCGCGGCUGGCUGGACAAGCAGAAGACGGAGCUGGCGAAGUACGGCCUCGAGCCGAUCAUCGUGGACGCCGUCCAGAAGUUCAAGGGACUCGGCGGCGCACGACGCGAGGCCAAGAAGAAGUGGAUCAUGCCGAUCGGGAUCGGCAAGGUGCACGUGAUCCAGGAGUACUUCGAGAUCCCUGGCGACAUGAUCGGCCUGACGAGCAAGAAGAACCUGGCGGACUGGAAGACGAACCUCUACUUACGCGAGGACGGCCAGUGGGCCGACUUCGAGGAGCUGGGCCUGUACGACAUGGAGCUGAUGAAGCUGCCCGGAGGUCACGCGGGGAUCGACAUCCUCGACUUCGACCUGGAGUCGUACGAGGCGGACCCCCUGUUCGAGCAGUUCCGCAUCAGGACCGAGAGCGUCCAGCACAGCGAGCCGGAGGUGUUCCUGGUGGCGGAGACGCUGCAGUCGGGGCCCGACUUCAAGCACCAGGACGACGCCGACCGGUGGGUCCAGGAGGCCAUCAAGAACGGCAACAAGGGCAUAUUCAAGAAGAAUACGCUCAAGAGGAUCGACAGACUCAUGAAGGAGUAUGCGGUCAUAUUCGAUGUGCUGCGCGACAAUAACGAGACGUUUCUCUGGGAGCUGUUUGCGAAGGAGGCGCGUUUUACUCGUGUAGCUUCGAAGGGAGGUCACGCGAAUGCGACCCCCUCGGAUUUAACGACAGGUGUGAACUUCAACGACCCGAAGGUGCGAUCGGAUUUUCUGGUUUUGAUCAGGAUCUUUAAGCCCUGGAUGGUUUCGGUCGCAUUCCCGUGCACCGCCCACUCGAAUAUGCAAGAGUUUCAACGUGCUCAGGGCAUGGGCGACCGGGUGGACGACCUGAUCCAGGAGUUUGAGCCGCUGAUCAGCUUCUCAGCGGAGGUGCUCCAGAUACAAGCUGAAGGUGGACGCAUCGGCAUCGGCGAGAAUCCUCUCACCAGCCGGGCGUGGCGGGAAGCACCGAUCGCGAACCUGCUCAGCUGGCACGGUGACAAGCCACCGCUCUACGAGACGGUUACGCUGCACCAGUGCAUGUACGGGCUCACGGACAGCUACGGCGACCCGAUCCGCAAGCCGACGCGCAUGAUGGUGCCCAACGGCUCGUGCUUUUCCGACUGGCUCGAGCGCAAGUGCGACGGGAGCCACAAGCACGCCGACAUGGUUGGGCGCAGCGCGGAGCUGGCACAGGCUAGCGCCUGGCCGGACGACCUGGGCAAGACCUUGGUGGCUGCGGGCACUCACGAGCUGGCGCGACGGACCAGCCCGAAGGAGAUGCGCAUCGGGAGCAAUACGACGAAGUCCCCGAGCAAGCAGGUGGUGAACGCUGUGGCUAAGGCGUUCAGGCUGAGGAAGGAGCUGAUCGACGUGCGCGUACUGAUGGGCACCGAGGAGAUUACACCACCUCGUGGAGCUAUACGGAGGAUCUACGCGAUGUACUCCGACGAGGGAGUGCUGGCGGACUACAGCGACGCCUACGCGGGCGACCAGGACUUCGCGACGGUCAAGACGGCUAAGCGGUUCCCGACGGACACGGUGAUCGCGAUCUACGUGAACGAGCCGAAGGUGCAGACGUCAUACCCUGCGACGGUGCACAUCUAUGGGAGCAAGCCGAAGGCUUUCACUCCAGACGACCGCGAAGCUGACGAGGCACACCGAGACCUACAGCGAGAGGGCGAAGGCUUCGGAGACAAGCCUUCGGACAUCACCACGGCCCAGUGGGGCGCGCUCAAGAAGCUCCACCUGAACCUGAGCCACCCUUCGGCUCACGCACUAAAGCGACGCCUGAAGUCCUACGGGGUGUCGCAGAAGGUUCUGGACGCGGUGGACAAGCUGGACUGCGCCGUGUGCAAGGAGCUCGGCAGACCGACGACGACACGGAGCUCCAACCUGAAGCUCUCGACGGAGUUCAUCCAGAACGUGUUCUUGGACGAGGCCGAGGUGAUCCUCUCGGACGGGACCAGGCUGAUGGUCAUGGUGAUCCUGGACGAUGCCUCGGGUUUCAGGGUCAUCAUCCCCGCAAAAGCGGUGAGGUCCAUCACCGGAGAGGAGAGCUUGCGAUGCUUUUCGCAAGGUUGGUUGUCGUGGGCUGGUGCGCCUAAGGUGCUCUACUACGACGCGGCCAAGGGCCACAUCACGAAGCGGUUCGUGGAGGUCGGCGACAAGUACAACAUCCUGAUGAGGCCGGUCCCAGCAGAGGCGCCACAGCUGAAAGGUCGAGUGGAGCGAGCGAUCGACUUCUUCAAGGACCACUUCCAGCGCCUCAACCGCGACGUGCAGCUCACUAAGGACGACGACCCGCACGUGUGGACAGCGGUGAUCGCUAGCACGUGCAACGAUCAUAUUCGGCGGAACGGCUUCACACCAAACCAGUACGUGCUGGGCAAGUCGCCCGGGGUUCCGGCCUCGCUGAUCGAGGCGAUGGAGGGCGACCAGCGGCAACUGGCAGCACAGAGCGCAGCGCUCUUCGAGGACGGACCGAGAAGGGCAGAACAGAUACGCGCUGCGGCGAACCGGGCGUUCUUCGAGCUGGAUAGCGACGACGCCGUCAGGAGGGCCAUGGUCGGCCGCGUUCGCCCGCCGCGCGGGCCGUUCGUACCGGGCCAGCUGGUAUACUACUGGCGCGAGGUGAAGCACGUGAAGUCGAAGAGGCUCCAGGGCGAGCACGGCUGGCGUGGACCCGCGAUCGUGUUGGCCACCGAGGGCCACACGAGGCUGCAUCUCAGCUAUCGCGGCGUGCCAGUGCUCGUGACGCCGGAGCAGGUACGACACGCCUCGCGGAACGAGGCGGAGAUGGUGGAGAACGAGGACCUGGUCAGGCAGCUAUCCCACUGGCGUGGAGGACCGACUCUACAGAAGGGGUUCAUCGAUGAGCGUGGACCUGGGCCUGACGGGAGCGACAAGACGGGCGUGCGCCGCGAGAGGGACGAGAAGGACUCGGACCACGAGGACGACGCGGGCGACCCGCCUGCGGCUAAGGCGCCGCGCGCCGAGCCAGCACCACCACCACCGAAGCCGGUGAUCGAGGCGACGCCGAAGAAGCAGCCCAAGGAGGAGGAUGCAGAUCGCGAACGCAUGCGACUACGACGCGAAGCUCUAAAGAACAGCUCCAUGCGGCUGCCGAAGAUCAAGGACGACCCGACGGACCAGGACGCCCUGCUCAUCAAGGUCAAGAACCGCACGAGGGACGCGUUCCUAGCUCGGAGGACCGACACGCAGAAGAAGCAGGUCACGCCCAAGAAGGGCCGGGAGCUACGCAGCAUCCCACCUGAGUGGAAGGCGGCCUUCGACGCGAGCGACCUGGAAGAGUGGCGCAAGUGGGUCGAGUACGACGCCGUGGAGUGGCCCACUGACGAGGAGCUCGCGGGAGUCGACCAGUCGGCGAUCCUGCCCAUGAGGCGCGUCCGCACGGACAAGAACGAGGCGACGAGAGGCAACUUGUCGUACGAGCAGCAUCCGCUCAAGGCGAAGUCCAGGAACAUCGUCCCGGGCUAUAAGGACAAGCAGCUGCUCGCGGGGGAGUUGAAGACCAACGCUCCAACGCUGACGGACGUGGCCACGGCGGCGAUCGUGCAGGAGGCGGCCAGCCAGGAGGGCUGGAGGCUGGAGCAAGGCGACGUCGACUCGGCGUUCUUGAACGGGAAGUACCUCGACGACUCUCGGCGCGUGUACUUUCGUGCGCCGAAAGGCGGACUGCCGGCGGUGCCCGAGUUGGGCUGGCCAGCGGUUCCCGAGGGGACGGUGCUGAAAGCGAAGAAGGGCAUCUACGGGCUGAACGACGCACCACUGCUGUGGUACGAGGAGCAUCGAGAUACCAUACUGUCCCUGCCCGGUGCAUCAAAGUCGAAGCUGCGCCCGGCUCUCUUCAUCUUCCACGAUGAGCACGGGAAGCUGAUCGGCCUGAUCGGGACGCAUGUGGACGACGAUUUGGUAGCGGGCUCGCCCGAGUUCUUCGCUAACCAGGUGGCCAAGCUGAGGAAGAUUCACUGUUGCGGCAAGUGGCAGACGGCGAAGGCCGGCUUCCAUCAUUGCGGGCGCUUCCUCAAGCAGAACGACGAUGGCACCAUCACUUGCAGCCAGAAGGAGUACACCGAGAGCAUCGAGAAGAUACCGAUCUCGAGCGAGCGUCGCAAGGACAAGGAGGCGAAGGCUACUGCUGAGGAGAGGGCGAUGCUCCACAGUGGCAAUGGCCAGAUCCAGUGGCUGGUGCGGUCGACCCGCAUGGACUUGGCGUUCCGGCUGGUGGAAAGCCAGGCCAGGGCUCACGACAGCGACCUGAAGGUUCAGGACCUGCUGGAUUUCAACAAGCUGGUGAGUGACGCCAAGACGGACCACGUGGACAUCACCUUUCAGAAGAUCAACAUAGACGACGCGAUCGUGGUUGCAGUUGGAGAUUCUAGCCAUGGCAACGUGGGCAAGACGAAGACCGCUAGCCAGGCGGGCUUGGUCAUCCUGCUCGCGGACAACAAGGACGACAAGUUCCUGCAGGGGAGACCGGCCAAGGUCACACCCAUGCUGUGGCGAUCACACCGCAUCAAGCGAGUGGUCCGCAGCACCCUCUCUGCCGAGACGAUGGCGGCGCUGGAGGCGGUCGAGAGCGGGGACAUGCUGAGGCAGCACCUGGUGGAGCUGCACUACGGGCUCGGCUACCGGACUCACAUGGAGGACGUGAAGGCCAUCAAGAUGGUGGAGGUCACGGACUGCAAGUCGCUCUACGACCUACUCCAGAAGCGAGGGACGGUACCCUCCGAGAGGCGGCUGCUGAUCGACAUCGAGGCGCUCAGGAAUGACUUGGAGUUCAACAACGUGGUGAGCAAGUGGGUGAACACAAAGCAGAUGCUCGCCGACUGCCUCACCAAGAACGACGUGCGCGCUGGCGACUACAUGAGGUACGUGCUCCAGACCGGCGAGUACCGGCUCACCGAGGACCUCAUGGCCGACCAGAUCAUAGCCAAGCAGAGGAUGGAGCUCAAGGGACGCAGGGGCGAGUACUACCGCGCGAAGUACCCCAAGAGACUGCGACCUGCCGAACAACACUACGUUCACGAAGGCUACACUUACUUCGAGGAGUGCAUCGCGGACGUUCGGUACAACGCGCGUGUGUUACAGCCUGCUCCGAAGCCAUACCUCCGAUGGCGUAUGACACUCGGCCAGCGCGAGGACGACGUCUACUACGAGAAGCUUGAGGAGAUGGUCGACUGGUCUGGCCUGGACCAGGUGUCGAAGCGCAGGAGGAUCCCCACGCAGAUUCGGAAGCUGCUGACGAUCUAUGCGCCGACCAAGGCCGCCCUCGAGCGCUACGAGAAGGACUUCACGGAGAAGCACGUUAUCAAGAAGCCGAAGGUGACCGACGAGGGCGACAUGCAGGACAAGCUGGACGUUACCGAGGAUCUUGGUGCGAUCGUGGAGUCGGCCGAGACGGUGAAGGUGGACGGCACCAACGAGGUCGCGGAGAUCUACAUGAUGGACGCUGCGGGUGCCGAGACCGAGGAGGUCAAGUCAGGCGCCGCCGCGGCCGCGACGGUGGUUGUGUGCGCAGUGUGUCGCAUGGUGGUGGACCAGUGCGAGUGUGGACCGCGAACCCGCAAGAAGGCCAACCAGCGAUCAUCGUGCUCAACACAUCCAGGAGAGCUACCGCCAGUACCAGGUGACGACGAUGAAGGCGGCGAUGACGCCGGUGACUGGGAAAAGCUACCACACCGACUCUACCAGGAGCGGCAGAAGUCUACGACACCGACGAAGAAGGCCAUGAUGAAGGCACGCGCGUUGCACGAGAAGACCAAGCACGCAUCCUACAUGCAGAUCGAGGAGGACUUCGGCGAAGUGCUGGAGGAAGGUGUCCUGGAGGCGUACGAGGUGGUCGUCAAUAACUGCGCCGUGUGCCGGAAGGACAAGAAGAUCUACGACACAGUGCAACGCGGAAUCAAUAACAAGGAGUUCUGGAUGGACGGGUCCGGCAGCAGCCACAAAGGGAAGAGCCAGGGCAAGACCGACCCCAGCUCAGACCACUGCGAGCACCCGAAGGAGAAGCUCACGACCCGAGGGAGCAACCAGUACAAGGACAAGCUGAGGUGCAUGCAGUGUGGCUCACUGCUGGUGGACACCGACAUCGACUGGUGGCGACAGGAGAAGGAGUAUCGUGCCCAGGAGAAGCUCCUCCGUGCUGAGAAGGAGAAGCAGGUGCAAGCUGAGAUGAAGGCCGGCGACUUCCGCCCAGGGCACGAGCUCGACAUCUCCGACGUGAGCUACCACGUGGAGAACUACCACACUGCCAUUUUGGCAAGCACGGGCAUCCUCGCGGUUUGCGACGACGCCUGCCUUUUGCUGUUGAACUGA